AUGGCACUGGGCCCCCUGUUUUUCAGAGCUUCCUCCUCCGGAAAGGCCCCAAUUCAGGGGGCGGACUCUGGGAUUGAACUUCGCCUUCCACUGCUGCCUGCACUUUCGCUUUAUGCCGCCUAUAAAGCACGUCAUCAGCCACUGCCCCUGGCGCACCUCAAGGCACCAAAGGAGCCGGCCUGCGAGGGCGGGGCCAGAGCGGACGGAACCAACUAUCGAGGGGACGGGACUAUCACGGAGAUGAAUCUGCCGCAGCUAGAAAUGCUCAAGAACCAGCUGGACCAGGAAAUGGAGUUCUUGUCCACCUCCAUUGCCCAGCUCAAAGUGGUACAGACCAAGUAUGUAGAAGCCAAGGACUGUCUGAACAUGCUGAGUAAGAACAAUGAGGGAAGAGAAUUACUCCUCCCACUGACAAGUUUAAUGUAUGUCCCUGAGAAGCUGCAUGAUGUGGAACAUGUGCUCAUUGAUGUAGGAACUGGGUACUAUGUAGAUAAGAUAGCUGAGGAUGCCAAGGACUUCUUCAAGAGGAAGACAGACUUCCUAACCAAGCAGAUAGAGAAAACACCAGCUCUCCAGGAGCACACCAUGAAACCGGCUGUCAUGGAAAUGACGAGCCAGACGAUUCAGCAGCCCAGAGCCCUGGGGGCAGCUCAGGCUACUGCUAAGACCUGA